AUGGAUGCCACGGGGUCCUCGACGCCGAUCGCGGAUGAAGAGAAAUUGUCCAUGCAGGCGGACCAACACCCUGCCGAGUCAUCAUUUGCAGAGCUGGGGACGGUGGACGCCGUUGGAAAUGACGGCCCGAAAACGUCGUGGCAGAAGUUCACGAACUGGAUGGAAACUCGCGCCCGCGUGGAAGCUCGCGGCAUCGAACGCGUGCCGGAGUCCGGUCGUCAACGCAAGGCUACGAUGAGGGACUUCUUCCAAAUCGGCAUCGUCUGGUUUUCGGCCAACUGUACUGCCAACAAUAUGACAGUCGGGGUUCUUGGGCCGAUCGAGUUCGACCUGGGCCUGAAGGACGCGAUGCUUAUCUGCGCCUUUGGAAACAUAUUUGGUGCCAUGUGUACCGCAUAUAUUGGUACAUUCGGACCAAUGUCUGGUAAUCGAACUUUAGUCAACGCACGCUACACAAUGGGAUGGUACCCAUCUCGACUGGCCGCUCUCUUCAAUGUUGUCGUCCAGAUCGGGUGGGGUCUGGUUGACUGUCUGGUCGCUGGCUUAAUCCUGUCCGCUGUCAAUGGCGGAGGCAUGACUGUCAUUGUCGGCGUUAUCGUUGCAGCACUGGGAACCUGGCUCAUCAUCACAUUCGGCAUUCAAUGGUUCCACAUUUAUGAGAGAUAUGCCUGGCUCCCACAAGUCUGUAUCCUAUUCAUCAUGGUCGGAACGGCUGGCCCGCUGUUCGACACCAGCUCGGCUAGCGCAGGCGAAGGGUCUGUCCUUUCCGGCCACCAGUUGACUUACUUCUUCCUCAGCGCCUCCGGUGCCCUCGGCUGGUCCGCGUGUGCGUGUGAUUUCUUCGUCUACUUUCCCCCGAAGACUUCACGCUGGCAAAUCUUCCUUUGGACGACUGUGGGUCUCGCUUUGGGCAAGAUGUUCCCCGAGUUGAUCGGUAUCGGCCUUGGGAGUGGCCUAACCAAGAACCCAGCAUGGAAAGCUGCCUUCGCGAAGUCCGCUGGCGCUUUGUAUGUCGAAGGCCUCGCGCCAUUGAACCAGUUCGGCAAAUUCUGCGCAGUCCUUCUGGCUUUGGGCAUCGUCGCCAACAACGUCGCAGGAAUCUACGCCGGUGCCCUGUCAUUCCAGCUGCUUGACCCGCGAUUUGCUCGCUUACCCCGUGUUUUCUGGUGUACCGUAUCCACCAUCAUCUUCACUGUGACCGCCAUCGCGGGUCGCGCCCACUUGCUUCAGAUCUUCAUCAACUUCCUCUCCCUGAUCGGGUACUGGACCAUCAUCUGGAUCACCAUGACACUGGAAGAGGAACUGCUUUUCCGCAGGAAACGCGGCUGGUACGACUGGAGUGCCUGGAACACUCGCGAGCUUCUCCCAAUUGGGCUUGCCGCAUUUACAACUUUCGUGAUCGGAUGGGUUGGGGCUGUCCUGUGCAUGGACCAAGACUAUUACACGGGCCCGAUCGCGUCCUUGAUCGGAGAUGGUGCCGAUAUCGGCCUUCCUGUAGCUGCAUCAUGGACAGCUGUCACUUACCCUGGUUUGAGAUACCUAGAACUGAAGUACAUUGGGCGCUAA